UGACCAGCGCUCAGAGGAAGGGACAAUUAAGUUAAGCAGAUGCACCCACUGGGCCUAUGUAAUAACAAUGACGAAGAGGACUUGUAUGAAUAUGGCUGGGUGGGAGUGGUGAAGCUGGAACAGCCAGAAUUGGACCCGAAACCAUGCCUCACUGUCCUGGGCAAGGCCAAGCGAGCAGUGCAGCGGGGAGCCACCGCAGUCAUCUUCGAUGUGUCUGAAAACCCAGAAGCUAUCGACCAGCUAAACCAGGGCCAGGAAGACCCGCUCAAGAGGCCCGUGGUGUACGUGAAGGGCGCAGAUGCCAUCAAGCUGAUGAACAUCGUCAACAAGCAGAAAGUGGCUCGAGCAAGGAUUCAGCACCGGCCCCCUCGACAACCCACGGAGUACUUCGACAUGGGGAUUUUCCUGGCUUUCUUUGUCGUGGUCUCCUUGGUCUGCCUCAUCCUCCUUGUCAAAAUCAAGCUGAAACAGCGACGCAGUCAGAAUUCCAUGAACAGGCUGGCUGUGCAGGCGCUGGAGAAGAUGGAGACCAGGAAGUUCAACUCCAAGAACAAGGGGCGCCGGGAGGGGAGCUGUGGAGCCCUGGACACACUCAGCAGCAGCUCCACGUCCGACUGUGCCAUCUGCCUUGAGAAGUACAUCGACGGAGAGCAGAUCAGGGUCGUGAAAUGGGCACCGAGGUAUGUGACCAACCCUGCUGCUUCGGUCUUUGCCCUGACCUCUAUGUCCCUCUAGCCCUGCUGACUUUGCUUCCUCCACCUUUCCCCAGAGCAAAAGGGGAACCCGAGCAGUGUUUGCGUGGAGACCAGCAACCUCGCACGCAGCCGGCAGCAGAGGGUGAUCUUGCCGGUGCACUACCCCGGCCGCGUGCACAGGACCAACGCCAUCCCAGCCUACCCCACGAGGACGAGCAUGGACUCCCACGGGAACCCCGUCACCCUGCUGACCAUGGACCGGCACGGGGAGCAGAGCCUCUACUCACCACAGACCCCCGCCUACAUCCGAGGCUACCCACCCCUCCACCAGGACCACACCCUGGCCCCUCACCGCUGUGGCCUGGAGCACCGAGCCUACUCACCGGCCCACCCCUUCCGCAGGCCCAAGUUCAGCGGCCGCAGCUUCUCCAAGGCAGCUUGCUUCUCCCAGUAUGAGACCAUGUACCAACACUACUACUUCCAGGGCCUCAGCUACCCCGAGCAGGAGGGCCAGGCCCCACCCAGCCUCCUUCCCAGGGGCCCGGCCCGUGCCUUCCCCCCGAGUGGCAGCGGCAGCCUGCUCUUCCCCACCGUGGUGCACAUGGCCGCGCCCUCCCACCUGGAGAGCGGCAGCACGUCCAGCUUCAGCUGCUACCACGGCCACCGCUCCGUGUGCAGUGGCUACCUGGCCGACUGCCCCGGCAGCGACAGCAGCAGCAGCAGCUCCGGCCAGUGCCACUGCUCCUCCAGCGACUCGGUGGUGGACUGCACUGAGGUCAGCAAUCAGGGCGUGUACGGGAGCUGCUCCACCUUCCGCAGCUCUCUCAGCAGCGACUAUGACCCCUUCAUCUAUCGCAGCCGGAGCCCCUGUCGCCCCCCGCCACCCGAGGAGCUCCCAGCAGCCCACAGUCAAGGUGCUGGGCGGGGAGAGCCUUGGCCGGGCCCUGCCUCUCCCUCCGGGGACCAGCUGUCCACCUGCAGCCUGGAGAUGAACUACAGCAGCAACUCCUCCCUGGAGCACAGGGGGCCCAACAGCUCUACCUCAGAAGUGGGGCUCGAGGCUUCUGGGGCCGCCCCAGACCUCAGGAGGACCUGGAAGGGGAGCCGCGAGGGGCCGUCGUGUGCCUGCUGCUGCGAGCCCCAGCCCUCCGCACUGGAGCCCAGCGGGGGAGUGGCUGGGGGCAGCACCUUAUUCCUGGGCGCCCCCCUCUGUGAGGGCUGUGGCCCCACAGGUGUGGAGUCCCAGCCGGGAGGUUCCCAGGGCCUGUGUGGCCUUCACCCAGACCAUUUGCCCAGGACAGAUGGGGUGAAAUAUGAGGGCCUGCCCUGCUGCUUCUAUGAAGAGAAGCAGGUGGCCCACGGCGGCGGAGGGGGCAGCGGCUGCUACACUGAGGACUGCUCGGUGAGCGUGCAGUACACGCUUGCCCAAGAGCCCCCGCCCAGCUGCCACCCGGGGGCCCGGGACUUGAGCCAGCGCAUCCCCAUCAUUCCAGAGGAUGUGGACUGUGACUUGGGCCUGCCCUCGGACUGCCAAGGGACCCGUGGCCUCAGCCCCUGGGGUGGGACGCUGGGCCCCAACACCCUGCAGCCCCACAGGAGCCUGGGAGCAGCCCAGGAAGAAGAGCGGGUUCUGUGCUACCAGCCCCGGGCACCGCUGCCACCUGUCCGCCCUCCGGAGGAGGCAGGGGCCACCCGGGCCAGCUUCCCCAGUGCUUCCCAGGACACUCAGGAGUCCAGCGCCACGGCCGCUGAGGCUGCAGGACAGAGGUCUCGCCCAGCAGACAGCGGCGGCACGGGAGCCUGAGCCCGGAAGGAACUCUGUGGAAAUGGGAACUGUACGGAGACUCCAAACUCUGACUUCUUCAGAAAAAAAAAAUAAUUUUUUUUUUUUUUUAGCUCU